GUCACAGCAGGCUCCCAGCUCACUGAGGAGCAGAGUCUAAGGAGCAGCUGAGCCCCUCUCUCUUCCCCACAGCACCUGACAGGGCUUCACAGGCAGACAGAAGGGCGCGAAUGGGCAGAGCAGAACUUCCAGAAAGGAAAAUGAGUACCCAGGAUCCCUCAGAUCUGUGGAGCAGAUCGGAUGGAGACGCCGAACUGCUUCAGGACUUGGGGUGGUACCAUGGCAACCUCACACGUCAUGCAGCUGAGGCUCUUCUCCUCUCCAAUGGACGGGAUGGUAGCUACCUUCUGAGAGACAGCAAUGAGCAGACUGGACUGUACUCUCUCUCCGUGAGGGCCAAAGACUCUGUCAAACACUUUCAUGUUGAAUAUACUGGAUAUUCAUUUAAAUUUGGCUUUAAUGAAUACUCAUCUUUGAAGGAUUUUGUCAAGCAUUUUGCAAAUCAACCUUUGAUUGGAAGUGAGACAGGCACUCUCAUCGUUCUGAAGCAUCCCUAUCCAAGACAAGUGGAAGAACCUUCCAUUUAUGAAUCUGUCAGGGUUCACACAGCAAUGCAGACUGGAAGAACAGAAAAUGACCUCGUGCCCACUGCACCUUCUCUGGGUACCAAAGAAGGCUAUCUCACCAAACAGGGGGGCCUCGUCAAGACCUGGAAAACAAGAUGGUUCACUUUGCACAGAAAUGAACUGAAAUACUUCAAAGACCAGAUGUCUCCAGAACCAAUUCGGAUCCUAGACCUAACGGAAUGUUCAGCUGUACAAUUUGAUUAUUCCCAGGAAAGGGUAAACUGUUUUUGCUUAGUAUUUCCAUUCAGGACAUUUUAUCUCUGUGCCAAGACAGGAGUAGAAGCCGAUGAAUGGAUCAAGAUAUUGCGAUGGAAAUUGUCACAAAUAAGAAAACAGCUCAAUCGAGGGGAAGGCACAAUCCGAUCUCAGUCAUUCAUCUUUAAAUAGAUCUUUCUCACCAAAGAGUGAGUGGCCUUGGCCCUGAGCAAGGUGGAAUGUUCCCUGGCACUGUGAUACAUAGCAGGCUUCAGAUAAAAGCUGACUAAGGAUUUUUCUUCAAAAGCAAAUCAAAAGCAGAUACUGACCAGGACCCAUAUGCCAUGUUCGCAGACUCAUGGGAAACUGCUGCCCUUCCAAGAUGUUGCCAUGUCCUUGAGCAUACUGAAGCAAUUGUUCUGAUGAGCCUCCACUCUCAGGUCUGCUCAUUCAGAAUACAAAAUGCAAGAAGAAGGGUUUUUAUCUUUACUCCAGGUGGUCCCCAAGCUUGCUGACAUGAGUUGUUGAGUUCUACUCUGGGUCCAGGUCAGCUCACUGACCUCAAAGUUGUGCUGCAAUGCAGGAAGGAAACAGGUGUAUAUUUGGGAAGCUUAGACAGCUUCUUUGUAAAGUAUAUCAAGAUAUCAGACGUCAGUGAUUUCUGAAGGAGGGGUUGUUUUUUGCUUUUUGUUCUUUAUACAAAAGUCAAAAACAAGUUUCUAAAACUAAAAUGGAACCUGUUUGAUGAAUUUAUUUUCUCUUUUAAAAGUCUUAGAAAUCUAGUAUGUAUUUCACUUCUAAUGAAAAAACUAUGAGAACUAAAUGUCCUAUGGGCAAUUAUGUGGGACAAUAAAGGCUAAUGAAGAUACAAUUUAAAAACAUCUCUUAACAAUUUGGGGGGUAAGGUUUUAAAGAGUGAAAAACAUAAAUUGAGGAAGGGUAAUAAAGUGGUAGAUAGCUUGUAGUUUAUAACAAUUAUAUUAUGUAUAACAAUAAUGGUAUGUAAGCCCUGGGUUAUCUUUAUCCGACAUUUCUCCAAAUGACCUGGAAGAGAUCUCUCAGAGUGUGUUAUAACAGUUCCUUCCCCAGAAUGAGCUAGAUAGAGUUAACCUCUAAGCCUUCUGGGUCUUCCUAAAGAGCAACUUCUAUUGUCAGUUGAGGGAGUAACACUAACUCUACAUGAAAUAUAUAAUAAUGUGUUACACAGCUAUUGCAAAUCAGAGCAAGAAGAUUGAAGUGAGAAUGAAAUACUGGUGUCAGAGUUCACAAACAGAUUCUAACUCUUUCUAUUAUCUUUAUCAACCCUGCUUUUUAAGGCAGAAGUUUAUGGUGCAAAGCUAUGAAAUAACACUGCUCUUGCAGUCCAAAGGGAAAACUUGUUAACCAAGUUCCCUCUAUUAUUUAAGUAUCUAAGUCUCAGAAAUUACAGUAUGUUUUGUAUGUUUCAACAAGGUUUUUAAUGUAUUUCAUAUGUUUGUAUUAUAUGGGAUAAAAUAGAUGUCAACUUAAAAUGUAUUGUGUCAAGUUUGCAAAGUAAAAUGUUAUGAAAGAACUCUCAGAGAUGUAUAGUUUCAUGUAUGGUUUUCUUAAAACAAGGGCAUUGCUUUGUGUGGGUAAUAUUGAUUUUGCUUUUUGUAAAACAUACCAUGUUUAUUUAUACUCUUUGUUUCUGUUUAAUAAAUAAAAGG